AUUUGCCUCCCUCUCCUCCUCCUCCUCCUCCUCCUCCUCUUCCCCUUCCACUAUACCCGGUGUAUUGCCCCCUCUCGGUCGGUUUAUCUCGUGUCCCACUGUCUCUGCAGACGAGCUGGAGGAGGAAGUGGAUGUGCGGACACUUGCUGCGCUCCUCUUUAAUGACCAGGACGCACCGCGGGAGCAGGGGAAGUAAGGAGAAGAGGAAUCACAGGGACGCACAUGGCUCAAUGACAUGAUGUUCCCACCCUUUUCCCCUCCCCCCUUUACCUCUCUUUUCCCCAUUUUCCUUCUACUCCUCCUUUUCCUCCCCUCAUCCCUUGUCUCCUCCUCCCUUUUCCACACCCCAUUGAGCUGGACUUCUCCUCAUGACCCCUGCUACCACCUAGAUGGGCGCCCACGUCACUGCCUGUCAGAGUUCAUCAACGCUGCCUAUGGGGUCCCAGUCAACGCUAGUCACUCGGUGCAAGGGCCCAAUCACGAUGGCAACAUCACCGCCCUGACCGACCUCCACAACCCUCAUAACCUCACCUGCUGGAUGGCUCGCAGAGGCAUGGACACCGGGGAGUGGGUGCUCUCCAUACCACUGGGCCGCCGCUUUGAGAUCACCUACAUAAGUUUGCAGUUCUGCCACCAGGGGGAACCAUCAGAUCCCAUUUCCAUCUCCAUCCUCAAGUCAAUGGACUACGGGCGCACCUGGAGGCCAAUGCAGCACUACUCCAGCGACUGCCUCACAAACUUUGGGCUGCCAUCGCAGACAGUGGCUCGGACCAGGCAUCAAGAAACAGAAGCUCUGUGCUCAGACCCUCGUCCACUGCAAAAGCAGAGGGGCGGAAUGGUGCUGGCCUUCUCAACCUUAGACGGACGACCGUCCUCACCCGAUUUUGACCACAGCCCCACCCUCCAGGACUGGGUGACAGCCACAGACAUACGCGUGGUCUUCCAUCAGGUGUCCAAAGUUGUCAAGACCAGCAGUUUGAAUAAACAGGAUGAAGCAGAAUGGCGUGACAGUGGAGAAGAUGACCGAAGCACUGGGCGAUUGGCCUACAAGGGCCGCACUGAAGGGCAGAUGAACAUAUUGAACACGGAUAAUACACUGCCAUUUUUUGACAGGCAGUCCAAACAAUCAGCGAUAAGAGGGAGGAACAAAGGAGAGAAGGUGGACAAACAUGGAAGGAAAAGUCACAGUAAGGGGUCUAGUCAGGAUGAAGAUGGCCACAAUGUGACCAGCAAAGAAGGGGGAGAUAGUUUUGGUACGCUCACGCAUUCAAAGAAAGGUGGGAAAGGGAGAGGGCGUGGCCUUAAGAGGGAGAAAAGUCACUGGCUACCUUGCCCCAAUGGCGACUGUGAUUGGACAGUGGAGGGGCAGCGUCAGGGCAACAAAGGGCAGGAACUGAGGAGGAGGCGGAACAAUAAUCUCAACACGAGGCAGAGUGCAAGGAACCUGCAGGUGGCUCUUCCCUCCACUUUUACCUCCCCUGCCCAAGCUCCUCUGGCUCUGUCGGACCUGCAGGUCGGAGGCAGAUGUAAAUGUAACGGACACGCUUCCAAGUGUCGCCGUGACGACACAGGUCGGGCAGUAUGUGUGUGCGAGCAUCACACAGCGGGGCCAGACUGUGACGUGUGUGAGGACUUCUACUUUGACCGACCCUGGCAUCGAGCUACACCCACACACCCAAACCCCUGCAUUGCCUGUGAGUGUAAUGGCCAUUCAAACAAGUGCCGCUUCAGCAUGGAGGUCUUCCAGCAGUCGGGCCGACAGGGCGGAGGUGUGUGUCUGAAGUGUCGACACCACACGGCUGGACGCCACUGCCAGUACUGCCAGAACGGUCACACACGCGACCACAGCAAGCCUCUGAACCACCGCAAGGCCUGUCAACCAUGUCAGUGCCAUCCUUUGGGAGCAGUGGGCCGCUGGUGCAACCAGACAUCAGGUCAGUGUCUGUGUCGAGAUGGGGUGACCGGCCUCAGGUGCAACCGCUGUGCCCCAGGAUACAAACAGGGAAAGUCUCCUCUACGGCCCUGCAUACGAAUUCAAGAAGCCGCUCCGACGCCUGUGUACCAGCCUCAGUACAGCAUAGCGGAGGAGUGUGUGUCGUACUGCCAGCCUUCUCAGGUUAAAGUCAGGAUGAACUUAGAGACCUAUUGUCUCAAGGAUUACGUGCUGAAGGUGCAGGUGAGAGGGAUGGAGCGUUCAGGUCCCUGGUGGCAGUUCUCCAUCGCAGUCCAAACUGUCUUCCGCACGGGGUCCUCCUCCCACGUUCGCAGGGGCCCACAUUCCCUCUGGGUCCCCGACCGUGACCUUGGCUGCGGAUGCCCCGCCCUCCACGUGGGUCGGACUUACCUCCUGAUUGGCGCAGAGGAAGGAGAGCGGGGCUGGGGCCCAGAGGAGAGACGCCUGGUGGCGGACCGCUCCACUCUGGCCCUCCAGUGGCGGGAACACUGGAGCCCCAAACUCCGGGGCUUCCGGGGGCAGGACAAGCGGGGCCGCUGCCCUCCAAAGUCCCCCGACAAGGACCACCACAGGGAGUCGUCAAAACCACAGUCAGGGUACAUCCCCCCUCACCUGCUGACUCAGAAAGACACUGACAAUGUGAACACACACUCUGCAAAAGUGGACAUAACUCACACGGACACACACGCUCAACCAGAAGGCACAGUAACCACCACCUCCUCCCCCUCCUCCUCCCCCUCCUCCUCCUCCUCCUCCUCCUCACACACCACACCUGCUCUGGUGUGUUCAACUCCACGUCCUGAAUAAAACUAAAUAUCUAUAAGAAGAGAAUUAAAAACAAGAUGACUGGGAGAAGAAAGAGUUGAAUUUACACGUUUGGCCUGAAGA